CCGUCAAACAUAAUCCAAAUUAAAUCUUUUAUGGUCUUAGUUCAGACAUGAGGUAGUACUUAGAAUUUCAGUUCAAGUCUGUCCCUAAGUGGCGAUAAAGUCCUAGACAACAUUUAUGUUCUUCUCAGAGACCUUUACACAAGAGAUUUUGUCAUCAAGCUUAAACUUGAUUGACAUUCCCAUACCUGGUAAAAGCAUGUUAAAUUUUUUUGUUUUGUUUUUAUAUACAGGGUUUUGCCUUUUGCGUUUCUUUUUUGUCUUGCAGGUUAUCAGCCAAUGAAAGGAGACUGGGUCCAAGCAAAGUUUUAUAUCAACCCCACGCAGUCGACAACCCAAGCUCAGUCUGUGGCUCCGUUACGCUAUAGCCGCCUGGACCAGGUGCGUGUCACCAGUGUUUAUAAAAACAACGGAGUGGUGGAGGACAUGGUUUACUUCAGCUUGGACUCAUUGCUGCUGCCAACCAGCUACAAGCCGACAGCAGGGGACCUGGUCAACUUGGUGAUGGUGGAAAGCUCUCAGUCCUUCUACAGCUGGAGGGCCCUUUGCAUGGCACCCUGCACUCAGAGGUACUACUGA